CUACAGUCUGGAGUCAUCUAGUCUCGGUUUGGGUCCCUGGCUUGCAGAUGCUGGGUUCUGCGUGUAGAUUUGUUUUGUUUGAAUUUCCUGCGUUCUUUCCUGCUGGGACAUUAGCAAAGGCUCCUUCUCCUCGGGGAGUUGGACAGGCAAGUUAAUGUGGCAAGAGGCUGUCACAACAGGACCCCAGAAUUCUACGGUGAAGAGAUUUUGCACCAAAAAUAUUCUGAUUACCCUUGGUUUCUCCUCUAUCUUGGCUGUGAUAGCUUUGCUUGCUGUGGGAUUGACCCAGAACAAACCAUUACCAGAAAAUGUUAAGUAUGGGAUUGUGCUGGAUGCAGGGUCUUCUCACACCAACUUGUACAUCUACAAGUGGCCAGCUGAGAAGGAGAAUGACACAGGAGUGGUGCACCAGUUAAAAGAAUGUCAAGUGAAAGGUCCUGGAAUCUCAAAAUACGCUCAGAAAACAAAUGAAAUAGACACAUACCUGGCUGAGUGCAUGGAGAUGUCCACUGAACUGAUCCCGGCGUCCAAGCAGCAUGAAACACCUGUUUACCUGGGGGCCACAGCAGGCAUGCGCUUACUUAGAAUGGAAAGUGAAGAGUCAGCAGACAGGGUCCUGGCUGCAGUGUCGAGGAGCCUCAGCAACUACCCCUUUGACUUCCAGGGUGCCAAGAUCAUCACAGGAAAAGAAGAAGGCGCCUACGGGUGGAUUACUAUCAACUAUCUGCUGGGAAAGUUCACUCAGAAACAGACUUGGCUAAGGGUCAUCUCAUCUGACAGCCGGAAACAAGAAACAUUUGGCGCUUUGGAUCUUGGCGGAGCCUCUACACAGAUCACCUUUGUGCCCCUAAAUAACACGUUAGAGGCCCCAGAAAACUCUCUGCAAUUCCGUCUCUAUGGCGAGGACUACACUGUGUACACACACAGCUUCCUGUGCUAUGGGAAGGACCAGGCACUCUGGCAGAAACUGGCCAAGGACAUCCAGGCUUCAAGUGGCGGGACCCUCAGGGACCCGUGCUUCCUCCCGGGAUACAAGAAGGUCGUGAACGUCAGUGAACUCUUCGGCACGCCCUGCACCAAGAGCUUUAAAAAGAAGCUACCGUUUGAUCAGUUUCACAUCCAGGGCACUGGAAACUAUGAGCAGUGCCGAGAGAGCAUCCUCGAGCUCUUCAACAGCACCUACUGCCCUUACUCCUACUGUGCCUUCAAUGCCGUCUUCUUGCCGCCUCUCCAUGGAAGUUUCGGGGCAUUUUCAGCGUUCUACUUUGUGAUGGAUUUCUUUAAGAAGAUGUCAGAAGACAGUGUCUCCUCUCAGGAAAAGUUGACUGAGAUAUUAAAAAGUUUUUGCUCAAAGCCUUGGGAGGAGGUAAAAGCAGCUCAUCCUAACGUAAAGGAGAAGUACCUGAAUGAAUACUGCUUCUCGGGCACCUACAUCCUUGCCCUGCUUGUGCACGGCUAUAACUUCACAGACAAUUCCUGGAACAAGAUUGAUUUUAUGGGCAAGAUCGGAGACAGCAAUGCUGGGUGGACUCUGGGCUACAUGCUGAACUUGACCAACAUGAUCCCGGCCGAGCAGCCGCUAUCCCCACCUCUCCCUCACUCCACUUACAUCAGUCUCAUGGUUAUCUUCUCGCUGAUCUUGAUUGCUGUGGCCAUCACUGGCAUAUUCAUCUACAGAAAGCCUUCAUAUUUCCAGAAAGAGGCCAUAUAGCAGGAAGAGCUGACAUUUGCUGGCUGGAGUGAGAAAACAGCUUGCCCAGGGAAUGUGUUCCUCCCUGCAGGGGACUUGAGAGUCACCCUUUCCUGCUUUCGGGAGAGUCCGCUUCUGUGGCUUCAUGAUGCCUGUCCCUGGCGACACUCAACACCCUCUGCCUCAAGGACUUCCUGGUGAUAUUCUCUUAUCCCUUCCAGCUACCCUCUUUCUCCUUUGCCCUCUGUGCUUGGGAUCAUAAUUUUCAUGAUCUGUGCUUCAUAAAAGAACAAUAGUUUUUUUCUCAAAAACUAAGAGUCCUGAGUGCCACACUGCCCAAGUGAACUGGCUGAAAGAGGAAACUCAGAAACCAUCUCAGUCAUAGCUUUGGAACAUGCCCCCUCCCCCCCCCCCCGCCACCAAUCCCUAAUAAAGCCAUGCAGUGCCUUUGGAAUGAGGAGACACAAACCCAUUCCAAACCUGGAUAAGAGAAUUUUCUAACGUAGAUAAAUAUGUGCUAAAGCCAAA